AUGAUGCACGAUGUGUACCAUAUUCUUGGGCUUCGUGUUUAUGGUUCCAUGGACAUGACUGCGAAAGAGCUGAAUGAGAAGUGCGUACUAGGCGGAUGUCUGUUUUUGGACAAGAGUGGUAACUGUAUUCAUCUGUCCUUCCUCAACGAUCUUGUUGUUGAUGAUCUUCCGAUCAAUGAGUUCUCUUGGGGUUCAGUUGCUCUAGCAUAUCUAUAUCGCCAGCUGGGUACGGCAUCAAGAAAAGAUGUCGAUUCAAUCGCAGGUUGUCUCACGCUUUUGCAGGCGUGGAUCCACGAGUACUUUCCGUGCUUUUGGCCUCAACAGGGUGCCUUGACGAGGGAGCUUAGUAUUCCUCGUGCGUCUGCCUGGGAUGUGGAAUCGGGAUGCCCCAACAAGAGCAUGGAGCGCUUCCUCGCUUUUCGUGCUAGAUUGGAUCAGCUGACUGAUAAUGAGGACAUUCUAAGGACCAUUGUCAGGCCUGAGAAGGCCAAGAGACCGACGAACUUGAAGAUGUAUCGGGUAGACUUUUCGACCGAGAUGACAUCUUUGAUGUGGACUCGGUUUGUCCCUGGUUCGUCUUUCAGUGUUGUUUUAGGUGCCCUCGCCAGACUUGGUGGUGGAGCUCCUCUGGUCGCUCUUGGUUACAUGCAGUGGCUGUACCGAUUUUUUCAUGCUCGUCUUUCUCCUGGUGGGUCAUCAGAUGGGAGUACCAGACUACCUGAGAGGACUAACACGGACUAUUUGAUGGGUCAGUCCAUGGAGAUUCACCAAAGAGCACUGGAUGAGUAUCCCAGCAUGUCAUGUGAAACAAGGGCAAUGACUGAGCAGCUGAUAGUUGACUGGAAGGCGAUGAUGGGGUUGUGA